CGGCCCUCCCCGCGCGGCCUCCCGUGCGCCUCUGUCAGAUUGUGGCUGCCAGUCGCGCCGUGCGCUCUCCCUCCCCGCCUGCAGCCUGGCGACGCGGCUUGCGCGUGGGCACACCCCCACGGCCCUGCCGGUGCUGCCGCCCGCACUCCGCUGCGCUCCAUCCUGCCCUCGGCCGCACGCCAGCCCGAGGGGACAUGGCACACGCGCCGACAUGCUGCCCCAGCGCCCGGGGCCCUAGGGACGGCGAGACGGGCAAGCCCAGGAAGGUGGCGCUCAUCACCGGCAUCACCGGCCAGGAUGGUUCGUACCUGGCUGAAUUCCUGCUGGAGAAAGGCUAUGAGGUCCAUGGAAUUGUACGGAGAUCCAGUUCAUUAAUACGGGUCGAAUUGAACAUCUGUAUAAGAAUCCUCAGGCUCAUAUUGAAGGAAACAUGAAAUUGCACUAUGGUGAUCUCACUGACAGUACCUGCCUUGUAAAGAUUAUUAAUGAAGUAAAACCUACAGAAAUCUACAACCUUGGAGCCCAAAGCCAUGUCAAAGUAAGUAUUUUCAUUAUCUUGAUUUCUCUG